AUGGCCGAAGGAAAAUGCUGGACCAUCCUGGAGAACAACCCCGAGGUGAUGAACGCCCUCAAGACCAAGCUCGGGCUCUCGGACGAGCUGGAGUUCUACGACGUCUACUCGCUCGACGAGCCUGAGCUCCUCGCCCACAUCCCCAGGCCCGCCCACGCCCUGCUCGUCAUCAUCCCGCUCACCAAGCCCUGGGACGAGGAGCGCAAGGCCGAGGACGCGACCAAGGAGGACUACGCCGGCCUCGGCGAGAAGGAGCCCGUCGUGUGGUUCCAGCAGACCAUCGGCAACGCGUGUGGCUCGAUCGGCCUCCUGCACUCGGUCAUCAACGGCCCGGCGAAGGCCCACAUCCUCCCAGGCAGCGACUUCGAGAAGCUCCGGCGCGACGCCAUCCCGCUCGGCAUGAAGGACCGCGCCCAGAUGCUCUACGACAGCGAGCCCUUUGAGGCAGCCCACAAGUCCGUCGUCGAAAUCGGCGACACGGCUGCGCCCCCGUCAGAUGACACCCGCCACGCGGGGCAGCACUUUGUCUCCUUCGUCAAGGAGGGCGGCCACCUGUGGGAGCUGGAGGGGUCGAGGAAGGGGCCCAUCGACAGGGGCGUCCUUGCGGAGGACGAGGACGUGUUGAGCCCCAGGGCUCUCGAGCUCGGGAUCAAGAGGGUCAUCAAGCUGGUGCAGGCUGCGGGCAUUGACGACCUCCGCUUCAGCUGCACGGCUCUCGCGCCCAAGUCUGCGUGA